AUGUCUGCGAUGUCUCCCAACAGUAUUGGGAAUGGGCUUGCGGGUUUGCACAGCGGGAGCAUAUCACCCCGCACGGUCGUUGCACCCAAAACUAUUCAAUUUGUUCUCGUUCUCCCGAACUCACCAUAUCAAGCGCGGCUCCCACUGCGCGUAUCUAUCUAUCUCCAUGAUACGACCGAUUCCAUCAUCACGACGGUCAAAAAUUUCUACGGUCUCUAUUCCGGGCCCAGUAUCUCCAAGGGCGUCAGUUUCGAAGACGAGGAUGGAAACACUCUUAUUGCCCGGUACGAGAACUUCAAGGAUAACAUGAUCGUCCGCGUGCGCGUGAUCGAUGAGCCCCUUGGGCCCGAUUACCAUGCUGCUCUGGGCGGCACCCCCAGCUACUACCACGCCGGCGGCUACCAAAGCCAUGCCCCCCAUCAACCAGACUCCCACGCCCCACGUCCCGCAUCGAGGGCAUCGCGCGUCCGCAGCCCGUCUCCAAACUCUGGCCGUGGGCGUCGCAGCGCCUCGACAGGUGCCGGAAACGGUGCCAGUAAGAAGGGCCGCUCUCGCUCGUCCAAAAACCGCACACAAACCAACGGUGAUAGUCAUACCGAAAGCGUCAAUGGCUACAGCAGCGGUGGUGAUGGCGCCAAUAGCUCAUUCAGCCGAAGCAAGGAACAAAUCGGCAACACUGAGAUCAGUGUUGAGAACAUCGUUGAGGGCGGCCGUCGCAAGCGCACCAAAUUCGAGAGUUCGGAACUGCCUCUAUUUGCCCCUCCUCAGAUGCCUGCGUCGACUUCGAACCCUUCCGUUUCUCCAGCCCGCCGAGUUGAUCCCCACCGUGGCCCUCCGCCCUUUGUUACCUCGACGCAAAACCCCUUCAGCCAUCCCCACCCGCUACACUCCCCACGGGCAUUCAUGAAUGGCUACGCACAGUCUGGGAUGUUUGCCACUCCCAGCAACGACAAUCGCCGUAGCCGGGGUAGCUACGGGUCGUUCCCCGGGCAAGGAGAUAAUGAAGUCAUGCCGACUCCGGAGCCAACAGUGCGCAGUGCCGUGUCUGAAGAGGACAAGGACGUCGCGAUGCAGCUUAUGCGGAUGUCAACCCAUGGCCGGGCCUCGGGGUCAGGCCAAGAUGAUUCCCUCAGCGGGAAGGCAGAUGCUGCCUCCUCUGCCGGCGCAACAAGCGAUGCCGAGAGCUCUGGUGAAGAGGAGGUGCCCGCCCCGAGGAGGCAAAAGCUCGACGCCUCUGGGAACCACAGGAGUGUAUUCGGCACCACAGAAAGCCAUUUCGUCGCCCCUAGGGAAAGCACUGAGGCUAGUGUUGACGAUACCUACAGCUCAGAUAGUGGCGAGAACAGUGGGAUGGGUAUCCCGCUCGUGAAGGGAACAAAGCUCAAGGCUAAUACCCUAGUCGGUGCCAAGCCUCCGCACAAGGCCAAGUCGUCGGCGAAGCUGCCCAAGCCCAAGGUCAAGAAACCAGUCAGCACUGCCCCCGGACCUAUGACGCCGGCCUCUCUUCCGGCGUCCCGGAAACAAUCCAUCUCUUCCAUCCCCACAUUUCCCUUGGGCCCCGGUGAGGAGGAGCAACCGGAUCUUUCCACGAAACCACGGUGCCAGCGCUGCCGCAAGAGCAAGAAGGGAUGUGACAGGCAGCGCCCCUGCGGCCGGUGCAGGGAUGCCGGUAUCCCCGCCGAGCUCUGCAUCAGCGAGGACGAAGGCAACGGCCGCAAGGGUCGGUAUGGUCGGCACAUGGGCGUCCCCAUUAAGAAGGAAGAGAUGCCGCCGCCGCCUACCAACCUGUUGCCCGCCGCACCCAUCGCUCCUGAUAUGCUGGCCCUCGCCAUGGCGUCGCCAGGCCUGUUGGAUAAGAAUAAGAAGCGUAAGAGGUAG